AUGGAGCAAGAUUUAAAAACAAUGAAUGCUUCCCAUGAAGAAUAUGAUACAAUUAAGCAAAUAGAGAAAGACGAAGAAGAAACAGCAACUAGUAGUCUUGUCGGUAAUACUGCUAAGUCAAUCAAUUAUGAAUCAACUUCAUCGCCAGAGCAGAAUGACAAGAUUGCAGAUUCUGAUGAUGAUGAUGAUAAAAGUCCUCGGUUCAGUUUCCGAAAACUUUGGGCUUAUACUGGUCCAGGAUUUUUAAUGAGUAUAGCAUACCUUGAUCCAGGAAAUAUUGAAUCGGAUUUACAAUCAGGAUUUGUUGCUGAAUUUAAGUUGCUAUGGGUGAUAGUACUUGCUACAUUCCUUGGAUUAUUACUGCAGCGUCUGGCAGCGAGACUGGGAGUGGUAACAGGGUUACAUUUAGCUGAAAUAUGCUACAUAGAAUAUCCCAUGGUGCCUCGAGUUGUCCUUUGGGUGAUGGUAGAGAUCGCUAUUAUUGGAUCUGAUAUGCAAGAAGUCAUCGGAACUGCUAUAGCUUAUAAUUUACUGUCGAGCGGAAAAAUACCACUUUUUGUUGGAGUUUUAAUCACUAUAUUAGAUACAUUUAUAUUUUUAUUUCUAGACAAAUACGGUCUGAGAAAACUGGAAGCAGUGUUUGCCACUCUGAUCUUUAUAAUGGCUGUGACAUUUGGCUAUGAGUAUGUUGUAGCAUCCCCAGACCAGGUCGGGAUAGUCAAAGGAGUUUUUAUACCCGGAUGUGGUCCUUGUACAACUAAAGCUAAGGAACAAAUCAUCGGUAUAUUAGGUGCGGUAAUUAUGCCACAUAAUAUUUAUUUACAUUCGGCAUUAGUCAAGUCACGGGAUAUAAAUCGAGACAACAAAAAGGAAAUCAAAGAAGCAAACAUGUAUUAUUUUAUCGAAUCUGCCUUGGCGUUAUUGGUAUCUUGUGUUAUUAAUAUAUUUGUAGCGUCUGUAUUUGCUGAAGGUUUAUAUGGGAAAAAUGUGUUUUAUGAAAAUACUACAGUAGUUGAAAUGGACAUAUAUAAAGGAGGUGUAUUUUUAGACUUGGAGAUGUCUGAUUUCGUUGGGAUUUGA